UUGCUCUCUUUAAUGGCCUUUAUCCUGCCCCUAAAAUGGUCCUUCCACUGCGUCCCUCAACCCCACUGAGCUGGCAAUUCCUUUCACAUCGUUCCCUGUCAAGGGUCAUCCCCACACUUCGCGCCCAGCGCUGACUGUGAGGACUGACCGCACGGUGGCGCUAGGGAUCGCAGUGGACAAAUCACUACUGCUGCAAUCAGGUGACUGCGCUAACCCGAGGCUCGGGACUCGCCCUGGUGUCAGGGGCUCAGUCCCAGCACUUGGGAAGUGAAGGCAGAAAGAUCGGAAGUGUGAGGUUAUCUUCAGUUACGAGAGUUCAAGGCUAACCUGGGCUACAAGAGACCCUGCUCGAAAUAACAUGGCGAUGAACGUCCUCCAGGCAGCUCUUCCUUACUUGACAUCCACAUCCAUCCUUCUGCAGAGGACAGUCCCAGGCAUCUAGCACAGCACACGACACAGACAACAAGGGGCUGUCACCCGCCUGUGCUUCUUCCUAUAACUAAACACAGUGAGAAAGAUGGAGGACAGAGGCGGGAAGAGCCAGUUGCAGGAGCUGAAGCUCCCAGAGGUGAAGUGGCUUGCUCCAAGUCAUCAGGCCAGAAAGAGCAUCCGUAUCCCCAGAAACACAAGUGUCCCCCGAAAGCCGCAGAAGGAGAAAACUACAACACCCAUGACGCCCAGCGCUGCGUCUGCGCAUAGUGAUCAGUCCGCGAAACCCUACUCGCCAUCUAGCGGCGGCCUGGAGAAGCGCUCCGCUCGGAUCCCCGAGAGGCGGAGGACCCGCGGUGCACGCAGUCGGGAUAUUCCGCUGCAGCCGCGAAGCCGGGGGCCAAGAGCCGGAGCAGGAGCGGCUGCCGGGAUCGCAGCCCGCCGGGCCCGCCGCAACCAUGGGCAACCGCGGCAUGGAAGACCUCAUCCCGCUGGUUAACCGGUUACAGGACGCCUUCUCUGCCAUCGGCCAGAACGCGGACCUCGACUUGCCGCAGAUCGCCGUGGUAGGCGGCCAGAGCGCCGGCAAGAGCUCGGUGCUGGAGAAUUUCGUGGGCAGGGACUUCUUGCCCCGAGGAUCCGGCAUCGUCACCCGGCGUCCCCUGGUCCUGCAGCUGGUUAAUUCUACCACAGAAUAUGCCGAGUUCCUGCACUGCAAGGGGAAGAAAUUCACCGACUUCGAGGAGGUGCGCCUGGAGAUCGAGGCUGAGACCGACCGAGUCACUGGCACCAACAAGGGCAUUUCGCCUGUGCCCAUCAACCUGCGUGUCUACUCACCCCAUGUGCUCAACCUGACUCUAGUGGACCUGCCAGGAAUGACCAAGGUCCCAGUUGGGGACCAACCUCCUGACAUCGAGUUCCAGAUCCGGGACAUGCUUAUGCAGUUUGUCACUAAGGAGAACUGCCUUAUCCUGGCUGUGUCCCCUGCCAACUCGGACCUGGCCAACUCUGAUGCCCUCAAGAUCGCCAAGGAGGUGGACCCCCAGGGUCAGCGCACCAUUGGGGUCAUCACCAAGUUGGACCUGAUGGACGAGGGCACAGAUGCUCGGGAUGUGCUGGAGAACAAGCUGCUCCCAUUGCGCAGAGGCUACAUUGGCGUGGUGAACCGGAGCCAGAAGGACAUAGAUGGCAAGAAGGAUAUCACAGCCGCCUUGGCUGCCGAGCGCAAAUUCUUCCUCUCCCACCCAUCCUACCGCCACUUGGCUGACCGCAUGGGCACACCCUACCUGCAGAAGGUCCUCAACCAGCAACUGACCAACCACAUCCGGGACACGCUGCCGGGACUUCGGAACAAACUGCAGAGCCAGCUGCUGUCCAUUGAGAAGGAGGUGGACGAGUACAAGAACUUCCGACCGGAUGACCCAGCGCGCAAGACCAAGGCCCUGCUGCAGAUGGUCCAGCAGUUUGCAGUGGACUUCGAGAAGCGCAUUGAGGGUUCUGGAGACCAGAUCGACACUUAUGAACUGUCAGGUGGAGCCCGCAUUAACCGGAUCUUCCACGAACGCUUCCCUUUUGAGCUGGUUAAGAUGGAGUUUGAUGAGAAGGAACUGCGAAGGGAGAUCAGCUACGCUAUCAAGAACAUUCAUGGCAUCAGGACAGGCCUCUUCACUCCUGACCUCGCUUUUGAAGCCACAGUGAAAAAGCAGGUGCAGAAGCUCAAAGAGCCCAGUAUCAAGUGUGUGGACAUGGUAGUCAGUGAGCUCACGUCCACCAUCAGAAAGUGUAGUGAAAAGCUCCAGCAAUACCCCCGUCUGCGGGAGGAAAUGGAACGGAUUGUGACCACCCACAUCCGAGAACGUGAGGGCCGCACCAAGGAGCAGGUCAUGCUUCUCAUCGACAUUGAGUUGGCUUACAUGAAUACCAACCAUGAAGACUUCAUAGGCUUUGCCAAUGCUCAGCAGAGAAGCAACCAGAUGAACAAGAAGAAGACUUCAGGGAACCAGGAUGAGAUUCUGGUCAUUCGAAAGGGGUGGCUGACCAUCAACAACAUCGGCAUCAUGAAGGGAGGCUCCAAGGAGUACUGGUUUGUGUUGACUGCUGAGAAUCUGUCCUGGUACAAGGACGAUGAGGAGAAAGAGAAGAAGUACAUGCUGUCUGUGGAUAAUCUGAAGCUGCGUGAUGUGGAGAAGGGCUUCAUGUCAAGCAAGCAUAUUUUUGCCCUCUUCAACACUGAGCAGAGGAAUGUCUACAAGGAUUACCGGCAGCUGGAACUGGCCUGUGAGACACAGGAGGAGGUGGACAGUUGGAAGGCUUCCUUUCUGAGGGCUGGCGUGUACCCUGAGCGUGUUGGGGACAAGGAGAAAGCCAGUGAGACUGAGGAGAACGGCUCUGACAGCUUCAUGCACUCCAUGGACCCUCAGCUGGAGCGCCAGGUGGAGACCAUCCGGAACCUGGUAGACUCGUACAUGGCCAUUGUCAACAAGACUGUACGGGAUCUCAUGCCCAAGACCAUCAUGCACCUCAUGAUCAACAAUACCAAGGAGUUUAUCUUCUCUGAGCUGCUGGCCAACCUGUACUCUUGCGGGGACCAGAACACGCUGAUGGAAGAAUCGGCCGAACAGGCUCAGCGGCGCGACGAGAUGCUGCGUAUGUACCACGCACUGAAGGAGGCGCUCAGCAUUAUCGGCGACAUCAACACGACCACCGUCAGCACGCCCAUGCCCCCGCCCGUGGACGACUCCUGGCUGCAGGUGCAGAGCGUACCGGCCGGACGCAGGUCGCCCACGUCCAGCCCCACGCCGCAGCGCCGAGCCCCCGCCGUGCCCCCAGCCCGGCCCGGGUCGCGGGGCCCUGCUCCUGGGCCUCCGCCUGCUGGAUCCGCCCUGGGGGGGGCUCCCCCCGUGCCCUCCAGGCCGGGGGCUUCCCCUGACCCCUUUGGCCCCCCUCCCCAGGUGCCCUCGCGCCCCAACCGCGCCCCGCCUGGGGUCCCCAGCAGGAAGGGCCCAGCCUCACCUACGAGACCUGCAGCCCCCCGACCAUCGGAGGCUCCCCUCUUAGACUUAUAAGUCUGUGGCUACAGGCAUCGGCUGCCUGCCUCCUAGCCUCCCCAGGGUCCCCUCAGAGGACUCCUGGGCUUUCUGACCACCUGAGGGGCCUCCAGCGCUCCCUCCAGCCAUCCCCUUUAGCUUCGAUCUCCUGGUUCAAACACUACUGGCCUCAUGGCUGUUACAUGGGACUCCCUGAGGCUUGGGGUGGCCCUGAGCCAGUGAGAUGGGAAACAGAGUGAGCAGAAAAGAGGGAGGCCCUGUGGUGCAUUGCCUGGGUGGUGUGUGAGAGGCCGUGUGUGUGGCAAGAGAGGGCCACCCAGCCUCUCCCCAGACUACCCUCUAGUUACCGCCCAGCACCUCCCAUCUUCCAUUCAUCAACUGCCCGUCUCUUCCGGGAACCUUGCCCACAUCCACACCUGCCUCAUCCCCUCUGCCUCUGCUGAAGGUGGCUACUCUUGCCUUACCAGCUCUCCUUCCUUUUCUUUCUUCGGUUCUCUCUUGGCUUUCUCUCCAACUGCCAGCCGAUCGGGUCAGGCAAGUCCGUCCCGUCCUGAGAGCCCCAGGCCCCCCUUCGACCUCUAACCAGAUCCCUCCUACUCCUCGGAGACCUCCCUUAUCAAGCCUGCCUGGACAGCUGUUCUGUGACUUGACAGUGGCUCCCCCGACCCCAAAGCGUCCUAUUCAUCAUCUGUGACUUAGUCUGUUGUAGUGGUGAGCUGAUACAUCCAAAUGUGAUGUUGGUGAAAACUUGUGCCCCUCUGUGGUAUUGCUCCUGCGACAUUCUAUAAAUAUCUAUAAAUAUACCUAUAUAUACAUAUAUAUACAUAUAUAUGGCUGACACAGCCUCGCCUGUAGUGUCAGAAUCAACCACCAUGCUGUCCUUGUGGAGUCCUGUGGUCCAACUACAAGGGAACGCUGUCAUCCUGACAUCCCCCCUCCAAUGUGCCACCUCCAGUGAGCCUCCCUGUCCCUUGGCCUGUGGACAGCCAUCCCCUUGGCCAUCCCCACCCUGCACAAGGGGAUGCUGCACCAGCAGCUGUGCGGUUCUCUGAUGGCCACCAGUCUUGCUGUCUCUUGGCUGAGAAUAAAACCCAUUUCUGGACAAUGGGGAA